AUGGAACCAAGGAACAAUGUAACUUACUUUGUCCUCUUGGGUCUCACUCAGAAUCCAAAAGAACAGAAAGUACUUUGUGUUAUGUUCUUGUUGUUUUACCUUCUGACCAUGGUGGGGAAUUUGCUCAUCGUCCUGACCAUUACUUUCAGUAAGACCCUAGAUUCACCUAUGUACUUCUUUCUUGGUAGUUUAUCAUUUGUGGAUAUCAUUUAUUCAUCAUCCAUCUCCCCCAAGUUGAUUUCUAACUUGUUCUUUGGGGAGAAAACCAUAUCCUUCAAGUUUUGUAUGAUCCAGCUCUUUACUGAGCACUUUUUUGGUGGGUCAGAGGUCUUUCUACUGUUGGUGAUGGCCUAUGACCGCUAUGUGGCCAUCUGUAAGCCUUUGCAUUAUUUGGUUAUCAUGAGGCAGUGGGUUUGUGUUGUGCUGCUUGUACUGUCUUGGUUUGGCGGUCUUUUGCACUCAGUAAUUCAACUCAGCACUAUAUAUGGGCUUCCAUUCUGUGGUCCCAAUGUCAUUGAUCAUUUCAUGUGUGACAUGUACCCCUUGUUGAAACUGAUCUGUACUGACACCUAUGUCAUUGGGGUCUUAGUGUUGGCCAAUGGGGGGCUCAUCUGUAUGGUUGUGUUUCUGCUCUUGCUCAUCUCCUAUGGUGUCAUCUUGCAUUCUCUAAAGAACCUGAGUAAGGAAGGGAGGCGGAAAGCUCUCUCCACCUGUGGCUCUCACAUUACUGUGGUUGUCUGCUUCUUUGUUCCCUGCAUUUUCAUGUAUGCAAGACCUGCUAGAACUUUCCCCAUUGACAAAUCAUUGAGUGUGUUUUAUACAGUCAUAACACCCAUGCUGAACCCACUAAUCUACACUCUGAGGAACUCAGAGAUGACAAAUGCCAUGAAGAAGCUAUGGAGAAGGAAAGCUAUAUCAGGAUCAUAA